AUGUACUGCGGAUUCUGUCAAAACCAUCGUCAUCAUCUCAGCCCGAACAACAUCCGAUUCGAUCACACCCAUCUCAUGUCUCGGCUUGCACAUCGUCGAUGGACAUUGGGCCUAAUAUUUUUAGCCAUUGUUGUCAUCCUAUGGGUUUUGUCGUCAUUUCUAAUUAACAUGAUCUUUGAAGAUGGAUCUUACCGAAAACCUUUCCUUCUGACGUACAUCAAUACAGCUUCAUUUGUUUUCUAUCUACUACCCACCUUUAAGGCUAUUUGCAUCAACUACUGGAGAACUGGUAGCUUCCAAAUUCAUCGCGAGCUCGUAAUUGAAGAAGAAGGACGCACGCCGUUCGACGUCGAAACUCAAUUGACCCUGCGAUCCCAAGCUCAAACACAGCAGCCUGAGUCCAGCGCACAGCUCAACACGUCCACUUCCCCGCUUAUACCCAAAAACAGCGAUGAUGUCCCAAACGACGUCUUUACCGGCGCUAAGCUUUCACUGCACGCGACCAUACAAUUAAGCGCUCAAUUUUGUAUAUUGUGGUUUGUUGCUAAUUUGGUGACCAAUGCAUCCCUUUCCUACACUUCGGUUGCAUCUCAAACCAUACUGUCGUCCACGUCUUCGUUUUUCACUUUAUUGGUGGGCUCGUUAUUCCAAGUUGAACGCAUUAACCGAGUUAAGAUUUUGGGGUCGUUUAUUUCUUUCAUUGGCAUUGUCCUUGUUACUAAAUCAGACGCCAAUUCUACCUUAAAGACAGAAGUACACUCGGCAAUUCCCUACAAAUUUCACAAUGGCAUAGAUUCUACUAAUACCCAGGCCUUUGUGAUAUUUUGUGGAAAUCUAUUGGCUCUUGCUGGUGCCCUGUGCUACGGACUGUACUGUACGCUAUUGAAAUGGCGCAUAAAAGAUGAGAAUAAAGUAAACAUGAAAAUAUUUUUUGGGUUUGUGGGGUUGUUCACUUUAGUAAUGUUGUGGCCCACCGUGGUUCUUUUACACGUUCUUGGUUGGGAAACUUUUGAACUACCCAAAACUCCUAGGGUUGUGUUCAUUGUGGUUUUCAACUGUGUGAUAACUUUUGUAAGUGACUUUUGUUGGGCCAAAGCAAUGCUUCUUACAACACCAUUAACUGUCACUGUAGGUCUAAGUACCACCAUCCCGUUUGCAAUGCUGGGCGACUUCCUUUUCAAAGAUAGGCCAAUGUCAUUCAUUUACCUGUUAGGCGCAGUCCUGAUAUGUGGGAGUUUUUUCAUCGUAAAUAAAGAGUCCGAGGAGGGAGAGGAGGGGCUUUUAACAGAAGCUUAA